AUGGCGGUCCGUCAGCAGCCUAAGCAGGCCAAACAGGCUCACGUUAAUAUGAUGACCGACACAGUUAUUGGCAGUUUGACACCGGAUGGCUUGCGCCAGAUAAUGCGGUCUUUACUUGCUCUCGAGCCAGGGUUGACCCCGGUGUUUGAGUUAGCUACGCGAGAGUAUAUCCGAUCCGCCAGAACGCCUUUGAUGCCGAAUAUAUUUUCGACAUUGGACAGCUCGAACAUACCUCUAGUGAAUGCACAGUUCGCUGCUGCACAGGCACGAAUUCGCUGCAUGGUCGGCUGCGGCCUUUGCUAUCAGAGUUUAGACCUACUUCGCGAUUGGGUUGAAUAUUUCAGAUAUAUUGGCAACAACUCUAGCGUGAAUAAUGAUAUCGCUGGCGAAUUUGAGUUGAACAAGAAGAUAGCAUCUCUCGAUGCGGAUAUCGUCCAAGCAGCGACUGCUGUCCAGAAAACAUUGGCAGUAGAGACAGGAUUUAGGGAACUGGCACCCUGGGAAGUUCCCCCCGUUAAGGAACUUUACGAUAGCAUCAUAUCUUGCCGGCAAGAUUGCACACUAUGUACAGAAAUUGAUCGGCCUCCAUUCGACAGGGGCAUGACGUCCCUGGCUUGUCUCCUUGGGUGCCAUGGCCCUUCAGAAUAUAGUAACACCAAAUUCCAAUCACUUUCUAUUCCACUCAAAGCCGAAGAGACUUUCCUCAUUGGCAAUCGUGAAGUACCACGCAUAUUCUCCGGGUUGUGGCAGCUAUCCAGCCCUGCAUGGGGCUCAGCCUCUGCAGCGAGAAUUGCGGAACAUUUUGAAAAGACUAUUCGCAAGGGGUUCACUGCUUUUGAUAUGGCAGACCACUACGGUGACGCUGAAAUCAUUUUUGGUCGGUUUAGGGCUUCAUAUCCAUACGCCGAUAAAAUAUUCACGGCCACCAAGUACUGCGUAUUCCAUCCAUCGAAAGUAUCGCGCGAGAUUGUCCGAGCCAAUGUCACGGAAAGAUGUCAAAGACUUCAAGCAAGCAAGAUUGAUCUUCUGCAAUUUCAUUGGCAAUUUUAUGAGGACCCGAGCUACAUCGAUGCGCUACGAUACUUGCAGGAGGAUGGACGUGUAGAUAAUUUAGGUCUUUGUAAUUUCGAUACUGAACAUCUUUUGAAAGUUGUCAAUAGUGGAGUGGUUGUUCAAUCGAACCAAGUUCAGUUCUCCUUAAUUGACACCCGUCCUACAGUUAAAAUGGGCCAAGCUUGCGAAGAACAUGGCAUUAAAUUAUUGACCUACGGUACUCUUUGUGGCGGCUUCCUCGCCGAAAGCUGGCUAGGUAAAAGCGAGCCGGGUCUGUAUGACGACGAUAUCACCCCUAGUCAAAGAAAGUAUUAUUCAAUGAUCCAAUGCUGGGGCGGGUGGGACCUUUUCCAGGAGCUACUGCGCAUAUUGAAACCCAUCGCGACUAAGCAUAACGUAUCAAUAUCUAACGUGGCUACUCGAUGGGUACUCGAUUUCUCUUAUGUCGGCGCAGUCAUUGUCGGCGCUCGUAUGGGAGUCAGUGACCAUGUUGAUGAAAAUCUGGCUAGUUUCGGAUGGUCGCUAGAUGAAGCUGAUCAUCAGGCAAUUGAUGCUAUUCUCGAAAAGAGUAAGAAUUCAGGAAUUUUUGAAACUAUGGGAGACUGCGGUGGAGAAUAUCGAUAG